AACUCGUAACGCACUCAGGUCUCUCGCUCUCUUCGAUGGGAUGGGCGUACGUGUGAUCGAGCCUCGGGUCGGUGUCACCCUGACCGUGAUGUCGCUUGCGCUGUUGUGCAUGCUGCGUCGAGGUGUUGCCUUCCGCAGCGGAUCGAUCGCUGCCCUCUCUCGGACCUUGUGCAAACAGCGAGGUCAAACGGCAAGGGGUGACUGUGCUGCUGCAGGCCGACAUGCCGGGCCUGAGGGAACCGACCUUCCGGGUGUUAUGCAUAGGACGGUCAGCGCUGAAGAGCUGAAGGCGGAAGUCAUUGUAGUAGGAGACAUCCAUGGGUGCUACGGCGAGAUGGUGUCGCUGCUGGAACGGUGCGGUUACCGGUUGGGCAACAAGGAGGACAGAGAGCGCUUCUCCGUUGUUCUGGCUGGGGAUCUGGUCAACAAAGGGCCCGGGAGCGUGGACGUUGUGAGGACGGCGAGAGAAGAGGGAUUCUUGGCGGUUCGCGGCAACCACGACAACUUUGCCCUUGCAGCAGCCACUGGAGUCGGCAGGUUCUCCCCGAAAGAGGGAGAAGGCGGCGGUGCAAAACCUCCUCCAUGGGUAGAGCAGCUGUCCAGCGAUGAUCUCCAGUGGAUUAGCGCCCUACCCUACACGCUGAGCUUCCCUUCCUUGGGUUGCAUCAUUGUACACGCUGGUCUCGUGCCCGGGGUGCCUCUGAACGGCCAAGACGCAGAGGCAAUGUCUUGCAUGCGAAACGUUGUGGAGAUGGAGGGUGGCGGGGGCUACGAGCCCCGUACUCUCCCAGACCAAGGUCUGGCCUGGGCCAAGGCCUGGAAGGGGCCGGAGCACGUGUACUUUGGACACGACGCGAAGCGAGGGUUUCAGAAAGAGGCAUUUGCCACCGGUCUAGACACCGGUUGUGUGUACGGGCGGUCGCUGACGGCUGUCGUGUUGCCCGGGCGAAGGGUCGUGUGUGUCCCGGCGGAGGCUAUGUGGUCCGCCCCUGGUGGAGGAAAUGGCAAAAAGGCUGGGAGUGACUGACAUGAACACGGUAGAUUCAUUUUGGACCCAUCUGUUGUGUCGUUUAUGCUUUCUAUUUUACGAAGAACUUUGGCUGGUGCUUGCGGUUGCUUGUGUCUCUAGCUGACACUCUGUUGUUUUUCUGCUGUAGAUGGGCGCGUUGCUUUAGCGCCAGCGGUAGAAAGUGAUAUUCUUGAACCUAAUGAGUUGCUUGUGGGGUUUGAUAAACUUUUUCGUUUCGAGGUGUGGAAAGCAUAAUCAAUGGUACCGCUUUGUUGUCUCCAAUCGAGGGUGAACACGUAUGGCAUUGUUUCUGUCGUCGCAACUGGCAGCCAUCUCCACAGACCUGUGUGCUUGGCAGGCUACCGCGCGCAACAGCCUUCUUACGGGAAAGGGCGCUAAUGUGUACUCAAAGUACAUGUUUCUGCACAGCCUUGUGUUGGACUAGCUUGAGUUGUCUUGCAACCGCGGGAGCUCGUUUGUGUGCCUUCGAUCGGCAGGGAAGAGGAGGUACUGGAUAGAUAACAAUGAGGAACGAAUCCAAUUGGAAUACAGCAUAGCAGUACAUGGACAACGUCGUUUCCACGUUGUCGUGCUGUCCACCCCCAAUGUUUGGAUGCGCGCAACAAGUACAGGUUUGGAUAGCAUCAGACGACAUCA